CUUCAAGCUGAGGAGGGAACCAACAGCAAUAUCGUAUGCUCCCCAUUCAGCGUCGCUGCCGCCCUGUCCAUGAUCAAUGCGGGAGCCAGGAACAACACGCAAAAGCAGAUUAGCCACCUCUUACACGUGAAAGACCCCGACGUCCACGAUAAAUUCUGCGUCUUCUUCGACCGCUUCUGCUUUCUGCCGCCGGAAAUGAUGCUGUUUAUCGCCAGUCGAAUCUACGCUUCUUUCGAAUUCAGUCCUCUGGAGGACUUCGCCUGCCUGUUGAAGAGGAUAUAUAAGAGCUCCAUGAAAGGCAUCGAAUUCAGAGGCGACCCAAACGUCUCCCGCUGCCAGGUGAACUCAUGGGUCGCCGAGACUACCAAGUUCAUGAUCAGGAACUGCCUGCCUCUGAACGCCUUUCAGAAAACGACGCAGGUGGUCCUGGCAAACGCGGUCUACUUCAGGGGCUUCUGGGACUCCCCGUUCAGACUGGACGCUGCGUCCCGGGUAGCGUUUCAUGAGGACGCCACAACCACCAAAGCCGUGGACAUGAUGUUUCGGCGGGGCACGUUCAUGAUGUGCUAUAGCGACGAGCUCAAGGUCACCGCUCUCAAGAUUCCCUACAGGGGCGGCAAGAUGUCCCUCGUGGUUCUCUUUCCGGAGAAAGUGGACGGUCUCACGAACCUCGUGAAACAACUGACGCCGUACAAGCUGACCCGACUCCUGAGGGACGUCACGCGGCCCAUGCGCAUUGAACUGAGGCUCCCCAAGUUCAAGCUGGAGCACACCAUCGACCUGAAGGAGACGCUGAGUGUGAUGGGUGCCACGGACCUCUUCACGGAACGUGCAGACCUGUCUGGCAUGAGCGUUCCCCCGUGCCCGCUCUUCUCCAGCGCCAUCCACAAGUGCGUGCUGGACGUGAAUGAAGAAGGGGACGAGACGGCGGCCGACGCCGGAAUGGAAGGUGUCAGCCUUACGCUGGAUCACCCCUUCAUGUUCCUCGUUGAGCACCAUGAUCCCGUCGCCAUUAUUUUAAUGGGAGUACUUCGCAAAAUUUAA